AUGUUUUCAAAGUUUGAUCUCCUCAUCAUUUUCGUAUUUCUCACCAUUGGCACAUCGAUUUGCAUGCAAGAGAAAAGGGAAGAUGUAAUGGAUAGUAUAUGCUCGUUUGGUGGCAAUGCUGCCUGUCGUACUUACUGUUUCUUUACACAAGCCUCAUUGACAGGUUAUUGUGAUGCUGACAACAAUUGCAUCUGUAAUUCAACUUUGACUACAAAGAAUAACCAUGUGGCUGAAGAAAUCGAAGUAUUCAUUAUAAACAAAUGA